AUGGCAGAGGAAGCGGGCAAGUCAAACACAGUCUUGGCUCAACCACAAACCUUGCCUGUGCCAGACGCCGCUACACCGCGGACAUCCAAUGACGCGGCACCAUCGCCACCAUUGGAAAGGCGAAUCUCCUCCUCACAGCAGCCUUUGCGCCACGGCAGGAAACCAAUCUACCCCGACAGCGAUGCAGAAGCGGAAGGACUCGAUGCCGAUGUAGACGACGAAGAGCUCGAAACAGGGCUUCCGCCUGGUCAAGGCGAUUAUGAACGCAGUUCGCUCUUGGGAGGCCCUGGUCGCAGCGGUCAUGGCAGCGCUGCCGUUGGCCCCUUAGAUCGUGCUUGGCUCAAGAUCUCUAAACUCUGGGGUGGUGAUAAAGCCUAUUCGGCCAAGAUGAUGCGUCGUCGGAAGCAUCGAAGAAGCGCCGCUGCGUCCGCUUCCCGCAGGAACUCAAGAUCCAUCCACACCUCGUCCGCCGCAUCAUUUUCCGCUUGGAAGCACGAACAUCCAUACAUCAUGCGCACCCUCUAUGCCAUUGUCGGGUUGCUUCUCACACUGCUCGUCCUCAUUACCAUCGCCGUCUCUCAUCUCUACUUGGCUACACUCAAAACCCCAUCUUCCGAAUCGCAGUCGCGCAUCCUCGACGAGUCUCUGCUACUCAAAGGUCCCGACCGCUUGCAGCUGCUCAAUAUCUCGGACGAAGGCAUCCUCGUUCGUGUCGAUGCUCGUCUUGGUCUCGAUCCCGACCAUGCCCUUGAUCUCUGGCUCGGCCAACGCGGAAAGCAAGGCUGGUGGAAGAACAAGGAGCGCAAGCUGGUCGAAUGGGCAAUGGGCAAAGUGGCCGGCGUUCAAGUCGAUGUUGGUGAGGUUCGUCUUUCCGAAAUUGGUGCUGCCUGGGACCAGUCGGUGCUUCCGCCUGCUGUGCUUGCUUCGUCGACCCUACCGGGUUUCGAUCCACGCGACAUGCUCGCCUUCCACCUCGACCCACUUGUCUUGCCUUUGCCUCUAUUGAACCGCAAGAUCGACAGAGACAGUGAUGACGACAAGGAGUCGCUUCGCCCUCCUAUUCUAGGCAAUCAUAGCACGCCAGCGGCACAAUACAACAUGAGCCCACUCAACCUUACUGUGCUGCUCAAGCCUGUCGUGCCUGCACCUUACAUCAUGGACUAUGCCCAGCAUGCUAUCAAGAAGGGUUUCGCUCAGCUCGAUGUCAAGAUCGCCGAUUUGCGCGUUCGCGGUCUCGCCAAAUCCGAGAUCGACGGCAUCAUCCACGGACGCAAAGCCGGCUUCUUUGAUGUGCCUCGUCGUAUCGAUAUUGCGCAGCACCACAUCCGCAGCCCUGUUCGAGAGAAGUUGCCCAAGCUCGACAACGAUACCAACCCGGACGACUUGCUCAAGCUCGAUGGAUACGAGUUCUUCGAGAUCGGCAAGGAUGGUGACGAUGAUGACAAAGAUGGCGUUGGCAAGGACAGCUUCUUCUCGACGAUGGUGCAGCGAGCGCUCGGUAUCAAGGCAAAAGCACAGGCCAAGAACCCCUUGGGAAAAGUGCUGAAGGGCAACGUGCGCUACAGUCUGCCCUUCGGUAUCUAUCUGCCAGUUGAUGGCAUCACACCACCUACUUCCGAUCCGAAGCAUCCAAAGCACGGCGGGAAGACUAAGGCUUCUGAUGAGGAUGGCCCUGAUGAGGGACCUGAUGCAUCUGUUCUGAUGGCAGCUGUCGCUACAGAACCGUUCCAGCUGACAGGGCAGAAGGUGGUUGACCUUGAGUUGCUGGGUCGUGUCGUUCCACCGCCUCAGGAAGAAGCAGAUGGAACCAUGACAGUCUCUUUGGGCGAGCAGAUCUCGUUCAAAGCCGGCUCUGAAGCUGCGCACGACUCUGCGUUUGGCGACUCGCCGCAAUCAGCAGCACUUAGCAACUUCCUCAGCCGAUUCCUCCGAGGUGAACCCAAUACGGUCUUUGUUCGUGGAGGAUCGCCAUUCCGCGCUCCUAAGAGCUCGCGUCCUUCCAAUCACAUCGGUAUCAAAGAGAUUGAUGAGAUUCCCGGCUCCGGAUCGGAUCUUCCCGACUGGGUCGACUCAGCACUUCGUCUUGUCGACGUACCCAUCUCUUUCCCAGGAUCAAAGGUGACCGAACUCAUCAAGAAUGUCACAAUGAACGACCUCAAGAUCACGCCGCAUCCAUUCGAACAUGAUAAGUUACUUUGCAGUGGUACAAUUAUGGGCGAGAUGAACAUGCCUGGUCAAUUGGCUAGUAUCGACGUCAAGAUCACUCACAUGUGGCCUGACAUCCUGGUCUACGAUGGCCUCCCACCUAGUAUGCGUAAGGGUCAUCACGGGGAGGAAAUGACUAGGAGUCGAUUCACGAUGCUCAAUGGCGCUUUGGACAGUCUGAAACGUCUUGGGUUCCUCGACAGCUCUGAUGCUGAAGCCACCAUGGCAAAGUCGGAUGAUGGGAAGAAGCCAGAGCCCGAGCCAGCACCGCCCUUACCCGAUCCCUUACCCGAAAAAGCGUUCGGUAGAGUGAGACCGUACGAUUUCGCUCCGGCUGAAACUUUUGUCGACCCCACAGACCCCAAGGGAGAGCGCAAGUUGCUCAGAGCAGUGUUGAAGGAUGUUCCGUUCAACGUGCUACCUGGUCGAGGCCCACUGUUCAGAUCGUUCACUUGGAAGCUAGUGACGGGUCAAGGAGCGUUGGUGGGUAUUGAGGGAACUAGCAGGGCGAAGAUCUGGAACUCGGGACUUGGAGCUCUGCAGCUCAAGAACCUGCCUGUCAAGGGGGCGUUCAUGCUGGGCAAGCGUGAUUAG